AGUUUCUUCGCAUCAUUUAACCAGUAAUAAGAAAGAGUCCAGAAUUUUCCCUAAAUUCGAUAUUAACUAGUUUGAGGAAUUCUUUAAUAUUCAUUAGAAAAAAAAGAAGAAAUAAUGGCUUCUAUAAGUUUGUUAAAUCCUAAAGCAGAAUUUGCUCGCGCCGCUCAGGCGUUGGCUAUUAACAUCUCGGCAGCUAAAGGCUUGCAAGAUGUAAUGCGCACCAAUUUGGGUCCCAAAGGAACUAUGAAAAUGUUGGUUUCUGGUGCUGGCGACAUCAAAAUCACUAAGGAUGGCAAUGUUCUUUUGCACGAAAUGCAAAUACAGCAUCCUACUGCGUCUAUGAUUGCUCGUGCUAGCACAGCUCAGGAUGAUUGCACUGGCGAUGGGACAACUUCUACGGUGUUGUUAAUUGGUGAAUUACUUAAACAGGCUGAUAUAUUCCUGGCUGAGGGCCUACAUCCCCGUUUAAUUACGGAGGGUUUUGAAAAGGCAUGUCGCAAAGCUUUGAAAGUGCUAGACGACAUGAAAGAGGGAGAAAUUACUAAAAAAAAUUUGGCCGAAUGCGCCAAUACCAGUUUAAAAACUAAAGUACAUCCUGCUUUGGCUGAUCUUUUAACCGACGUAUGUGUAAAUGCUGUUUACGCUAUACGUACUGAUGAGAAUAAACAGAUCGAUCUACACAUGGUGGAGAUUAUGCACAUGCAGCAUAAAACAGCUGCGGAUACCACUUUAGUGCGUGGUCUGGUUAUGGAUCAUGGUACGCGUCAUCCGGAUAUGCCUCGACGUGUAGAAAAUGCCUAUAUUCUGACGUGCAAUGUGUCUUUGGAAUAUGAAAAAUCAGAAGUCAAUUCCGGCUUCUUUUAUAAAACGGCCGAAGAACGUGAAAAAUUUGUUAUGGCUGAACGCGACUUUAUCGAUCAACGUGUUAAGAAGAUUAUAGCUUUGAAACGUCAGCUGUGUGAUGGUACCGAUAAGUCGUUCGUAGUUAUUAAUCAAAAAGGUAUCGAUCCCAUGUCCUUGGAUGCGUUAGCCAAGGAAGGCAUUAUGGCUCUAAGGCGUGCAAAACGUCGUAACAUGGAGCGUUUAGCGUUGGCCUGCGGUGGUACUGCAAUGAAUUCGUUUGAUGGCCUAGACGAAUCGCAUUUGGGUUAUGCAGGUCUGGUCUACGAACAUGUUUUAGGCGAGAAUAAGUAUACUUUCGUAGAGAAUUGCAAAAAUCCUCAUUCGGUUACCAUAUUAGUAAAGGGACCCAACAAGCACACCAUUAUUCAGAUAAAGGAUGCAAUACGCGAUGGCUUACGUGCAAUUAACAAUGCCAUAACAGAUAAAUGCUUGAUUCCCGGUGCCGGCGCUUUUGAAGUGCGAGCUCACAAUGAACUUAUGAAAUAUAAGGACACAGUUAAGGGUAAAGUUCGUCUGGGCAUACAAGCCUUUGCUGAGGCAUUGCUGAUUAUACCAAAAAGUUUAGCCAUAAACAGCGGUUAUGAUGCUCAGGAUACUAUUGUAAAGUUAACUGAAGAGGAUCGCCUUAGUAGCGAAGCUGUUGGUUUAGAUUUAGCUACUGGAGAACCUAUGAAACCUGACGAUUUAGGUGUUUACGAUAACUAUAAUGUAAAGAAGCAAAUUUUGAAUUCCUGUUCGGUCAUUGCUAGUAAUCUAUUGCUAGUUGAUGAGGUCAUGCGGGCUGGCAUGACCAACUUGAAAGGUUAAGACGCGAUACCAAUACAUUCAUUGUCGGUAUAAAGAACCCUACAUUUCAUUUAUUUUACUCAAGCGAUUUUUCUUAUUUGUAUUAUU